UUCGACCCCUAGCUGGGAACUUCCAUAUGCCGAGGGUGCAGCCCUAAAAAGCCACACACAAAAAAAUUGCUCAGCCAUGUUGAUCUUGAGGCCUCUGCUGCUCCACUUGCACUCAACCAAUUACACACCCCUGUGCAGUCCACAAACCCCAGCAAGAUUCCAGGAAGUGAAGUUCGCAUGUGGUUCCUUGGGUUAAGGAUCCAGCAUUGUCACUGCAAUGGCUCGGUCGCCUCUGUCAUGAGGGUUCGAUCCUCGGCCUGGGAACUUAUGCAUGCUACAGGAGGCUACAGGAGGCAUCUCCUGCCCCUGUGCUGAAGUCUGCCAGAGACCACGUCGUUUCCUCCAGUAGGGCGCCUGUCAGGCUAAUGCCCAACCUACUCUAUGCACACCCUGUGCACACCCUAAAUCACCUAGUCCCAGAGGCAGGCAUGCCAGUCGCCCCCUGCGAAGGCCUCUGUAUACACUAGUCAGUGUCACCAGUUCUGAGGCAGCACAGCGCCGUGCUCUGUGGGGGAAAUCCAAAAGAAGCCGCUAGUGCGGGAAGCCACAGCCAGCAAGGUGGGGCAUAGAUGGCGGCGGCGGAGGCAGUGCACCACAUUCACCUGCAGAACUUCUCUCGCUCUCUGCUUGAGACCCUCAACGGGCAGCGGCUGGGUGGGCACUUCUGUGACGUGACUGUGCGCAUCCGCGAGGCUUCACUGCGCGCACACCGCUGCGUGUUGGCCGCCGGCUCGCCCUUCUUCCAGGACAAGUUGCUGCUCGGCCACUCGGAGAUCCGCGUGCCCCCCGUGGUGCCCGCGCAAACGGUGCGCCAGCUGGUCGAGUUCCUCUACAGCGGCUCGCUGGUGGUGGCGCAGGGCGAAGCGCUGCAGGUGCUCACAGCCGCGUCCGUGCUGCGCAUCCAGACGGUCAUAGACGAGUGCACACAGAUCAUCGCCCGCGCGCGCGCGCCUGCCCCGGGCACCCCCGCGCCCGCGCCCCUGCCCACGCCCGUGCCCCCGCCGCUCGCGCCCGCGCAGCUGCGCCACCGCCUGCGCCACUUGCUGGCCGCGCGCCCCCCGAGCCACCCCGGUGCGGCGCACAGCCGCAAGCAGCGCCAGCCCGCGCGCCUGCAGCUGCCGGCGUCCCCCGCGCCGGCCAAGGCGGAGGGGUCGGAUGCCGACCCGGCCCUGACCGCGGCCCCAGACGACGGCGGUGACGACGACGACGACGAAACCGACGACGAGACCGACGGCGAGGAUGGCGAAGGCGGCGGCUCGGGCGAGGGCCAGGCGCCCCCUUCUUUCCCCGACUGCGCCGCCGGCUUCCUCCCCGCGGCCGCCGAUAGCGCGCGCGAGGAGCCGCCUGCGCCCGCUGGCCUCUCUGAUUACGGCGGCGCCGGGAGGGACUUCCUCCGGGGGACGUCGGCCGCAGAGGACGUGUUCCCCGACAGCUACGUCUCCGCUUGGCAAGACGGAGAUCACUCUGCCCCCGAAGGCUGUCCCGCCGAGACCGUCGCCCCGCCCGACUGCGUCCUGCCCGGACCCCGCCCACCUGGCGUGAAGACCCCGGGGCCGCCGGUCGCGCUCUUUCCCUUUCAUCUGGGCGCCCCGGGGCCGCCGGCGCAACCCCCUCCUGCUCCCUCCGGGCCCGCCCCUGCGCCCCCGCCCGCCUUCUACUCUGGGCUCCCGCCCGAUGCAGCGCCUAGCGCGCCUCUAGGGGAGGCCCCGGCCCCACCGGCCGCUCCCACCGCAGCCUCCUCGACCACUCCUGCGCGCGCCCCGGGGGCCGACCCGCCGGCCUACGAGUGCAGUCACUGCCACAAGACGUUCAGCUCUCGGAAAAACUACACCAAGCACAUGUUCAUCCACUCGGGGGAGAAGCCCCACCAGUGCGCCGUGUGCUGGCGCUCUUUCUCGCUGCGCGACUACCUGCUCAAGCACAUGGUCACGCACACGGGCGUGCGCGCCUUCCAGUGCGCCGUCUGCGCCAAGCGCUUCACGCAGAAGAGCUCGCUCAACGUGCACAUGCGCACCCACCGACCCGAGCGCGCGCCCUGCCCGGCCUGCGGCAAGGUCUUCUCGCACCGCGCGCUGCUGGAGCGCCACCUGGCCGCGCACCCUGCGCCCUGAGCCGGGCCUGGGGCCUGGCCACGCCCGUGGUGGCCGUGCUCUGGCUCCCUCCCGCCCCAGCCGGCUCCGAGGUCACUGCUGCAGCGUCGCCUUCGCCCAGUUCCCGCCUCCAGACGACGCUCUCUCCGGAGCAAAGGCCCUCCUCCCGUCUCCACCCUUUUCUCCAGCCGCCUUCGUCCCCUCCUCCCACGUACCCGGCCCUCCAGGUGGAGGCGGGCUGGGGAUGGGCGUGGCCCCGACCGCCUCUGAGAACCGGAUCAUCUCCAUCCAGCCUGACCUGGGCUCACCCUUGGUGUGGGGCCCAGGACCCCCGGCUCCGUCUCUCGUUCACGCCCCUGCCCCCCCUUGAGUGGAGUGGGGUCUAGGGCCGCUCCUCUGCCCCCGUGUCAGGCUGCCCGAGGAGCCCCGGCCCCCACCCGAGCUACCCCUCCCUGCUCUGGCGUCUAGGGCGUCUCAGAUAUAGACGCAUCAUGGACGGAGGCCUGGUCUUGGGAGCCCUGCUUGGUAAUAAAGAACUGGGGGCCGUGGGGCCCAAACCUGGAA